AUGGCACAAGCACCCACGAACUCAUUCUCUGCCUCCGCCCCUCCUAGCGAUAACUUCCAACUUAUGGCCGAGUUUAAGAAGGCCGGUGCUGCUGAGGAUGAACUCUACGAAGCGCAGAUCAAAGAGGUUGAGGCAUGGUGGCAGUCACCGAGAUACGAAGGAAUAAAGCGGCCAUACAGCUCAGCUGAUGUGGUUUCCAAGCGCGGUUCGCAGCAUCAGUCAUACCCGAGCUCCGUCAUGGCGAGAAAGCUCUUCAACCUCGUCAAGGAGCGGGAAGCUGAGGGCAAACCUAUCCAUACGAUGGGCGCCAUUGAUCCUGUCCAAAUGACCCAGCAAGCUCCUCACCAAGAAGUUCUGUAUAUCUCAGGUUGGGCCUGCUCCUCCCUCCUGACCUCUACUAACGAGGUUUCCCCCGACUUUGGCGACUACCCCUACAACACAGUUCCGAACCAAGUCCAGCGUCUCGCCAAGGCGCAGUCAAUGCAUGAUCGGAAACAAUGGGAUUCUCGGCGGAAGCUCAAGGCCGAAGAACGCGCAAAGACCCCAUACAUCGACUAUCUACGACCCAUUAUUGCCGACGGUGACACCGGACACGGCGGUCUCUCCGCCGUUCUCAAGCUCGCCAAACUUUUCGCAGAGAACGGCGCCGCUGCGGUGCACUUUGAGGAUCAGCUUCACGGCGGUAAGAAGUGCGGCCACUUGGCUGGCAAGGUCCUGGUCCCCAUCGGGGAGCACAUCAACCGUCUCAAUGCUGCUCGUUUCCAAUGGGACGUCAUGGGCUGUGAGAAUCUCGUCAUCGCCCGCACCGAUUCGGAGAGCGGAAAGCUCAUCAGCAGUGCCAUUGAUGUGCGCGAUCACGAGUUCAUCCUGGGCGUGGCGGACCCAAGCUUCGAGCCCCUCGCGGAGACUAUCCAGGCCAUGGAGGCCAUGGAGGCCAAGGGCGCGGUCGGGGCCGAGAUCGACGCUUUCGAAGCCAACUGGGUCAAGAGCACCAAGCUGGUGACUUUUGACGAGGCUGCCGUGGCACACAUGCAAAAGGAGGGUGUCUCACAAGACAAGAUUGACGCGUAUCUCGAGGCGACACGUUCCAACCGCGAUAUGGGGAUCUCCCAGCGCCGCAAGCUCGCCAACGAGCACACCUCGACACCCGUCUACUUUUCCUGGGACGUUCCCCGCACGCGCGAAGGCUUCUACCACUACCGCGCCGGCAUGGAUGCCGCCACGAAGCGCGCCAUUGCCUUUGGCCCCUACGCUGACCUCCUGUGGGUCGAGACUGGCGAUCCCAACGUCAAGGUCGCUACAGAUCUGGCCAGGGCCGUCCGCGCCGUUUAUCCGGGCAAGGGGCUCGUCUACAACCUCAGCCCUUCGUUCAACUGGAUGGCACACGGAUUCACGGACGAGACGCUCAAGAGCUUCAUCUGGGACAUUGCCAAGGAAGGGUUCGUGCUGCAGCUCAUCUCGCUCGCUGGCCUGCACUCCAACGCCACCAUCACAAACGAGCUUGCGAGGGAUUUCAAGAAGGAUGGCAUGCUGGCGUAUGUGAACAUUGUGCAGAGACGCGAGAAGGAUGGUGGCUGUGACGUUCUGACGCAUCAGAAAUGGAGUGGCGCUAGCUACAUUGACGGGAUCCUUGGGGCCAUCCAGAGUGGCAGCUCGAGCAGUAAGAGCAUGGGCGAGGGCAACACCGAGAGCCAAUUCCACUAG